GAUGGCGCGUUUCUGCGAAGAAGCUUUGAUGGGGGAGUUGGUUCGUUGUAAAUUAGCCUUCCUUAUAUCCAACUGAACUGAACCAUCAGAAGUUAUUUGUGUGUCUGCGUAAACCUGAACCCAGGUUAAAUAUUAACUCGAAGAUAUUUUUUUUUUCUUCCGCCGUUCGUUGUCUUUCAAAGCUAGCGGAGUUAGCUUAGCCUGCUAACUGGGCCUUUUGUGUGCAGAAACAGUUUGUUAUUGUGUGAAAAUGUCUAAAGUCCAAAUUCUGAGAGCGUUACUGAAGCAGCGACUCUCCGCAGAUGAAGAGAUAUUUGAGCUGUUUGAAAGAACAGCAGCAGAAUACGAGGAGGAACUUUGUGGUUUAAAAGAGGAGAACGAACGACAAAGAAAACUACUGGAUGCUGUUUCCAACUCUAAUGAUAAAGCAGAUGUGCAGCAGUGUUUUGUGGAAGAAGAACUGGCUUCCAACGAGCAGCAAGAGGGCAUCAGCCAUGUGGACCCAGACAUCUGUCACAUUAAAAAGGAAGAGGGGGAACUCUUGACCAGCAAUGAACAAAAGCACUUUCAAGUGCUGGAGGUUGAUGCUACAAUGUGCUCAAAAAUUGCCGUGAACUCUCCAUCCUCACAUUGCCAUCAGCUCCAAAAUGAGGACAACACGGAAGCUGAGCCUCUCGUCAGCAGCUCAGCUGAACUGAUGAAAACAAACGACAAUGGAGAGAACGGCAGAGGAUCAGAACUCGUUGGAAGGUUAGCUCAAGAUGAUUAUUCAUGUCCACAAUCUGCCAUGAUUUCAUGCUCUUCUAAACUGGAAAAUGUCAUUGACGUUGAUUGGAAUGAGACAGAAGAACUUGAUCCAUGUUUAAACUCCCUCAAAAAUAAGAUCAUUUGUGAUAGGAAAUGUAAUGCUGCUGUAAAACCACUCGGAUGUGAGAAUGAUCAAAACAUUGGUCACAAGUGUAAUCUGGUGAAACACAAUGGAAAUGAUAUAGGACACGAGCACUUGAGUUGUUCUCCGUGUGGUCAAACAUUUUGGCAGACCAGCCAUCCGAUUAACCAUGUACUAAUUCACACAGGGGAGAAACCAUUUCAUUGUUUUCAGUGUGGAAAAGCAUUUACUCGAAAAAGCAGUUUGAAAACCCAUAUGAUAAUUCAUACAGCAAAUAAACCAUGUUGCUGCUCUUAUUGUGGAAAAACAUUCAGCCAAAAUAGCCAUUUCAAGAUCCAUAUGAUGUGCCAUACAGGCGAAAAGUCAUUUAGCUGUUCUGAGUGUGGGAACGUAUUUAGCAGAAACGGCAGCCUGAAAAAACACAUGAAAACCCAUGCAGGAAAUAAACCUUUCAACUGUUCUGAAUGUGGUGAAACAUUUAAACGAAACAGUCACCUGAGGUCCCAUAUGCUAAUUCACACAGGAGAGAAACCAUUUCGCUGUACUGAGUGUGGUAAAACGUUUAACCGAAACAGCAAUCUGAAAGCCCAUAUGAUAAUUCAUACAGGAAAGAAAGCAUUUAAUUGUUCUGAGUGUGGAAAAGCAUUUGGUUUAAAGGGGAACCUAAAGAACCAUAUGACCAGCCAUACAGGAGAGAAACCAUUUAGCUGCAUUGAUUGUGGUAAAACAUUUAGCCAAAAUUGCCAUCUACAGACACACAUGAUAGUUCAUGCAAGAGAGAAACCAUUCAGCUGCUCAGAGUGUGGUAAAACAUUUAGCCAAACAAGCCAUGUGAAGGCUCAUAUGAUAACGCAUUCAGGAGAAAGACCCUUUACGUGUUCUGAGUGUGGCAAAACAUUUAAACGACGCAACACUCUGAAAACCCAUCUUAUUAUUCACACAAGAAAAAUAAAACCUUUCAUUGUUCUGAGUGUAGAAAAGAAUUUGGCCUAAAGGCCAAGAUCAGCCAUAGGACCAGUCAUACAGGAGAGAAAUCAUUUAGUUGCAGUGUUUGUAAUAAAACAUCAAGUCAAAACUGUCAAUUGAGGACCGCUUAGCUGCUCUGACUGUGGCAAAGCCUUUUUUUCAAACCAGCCAUCUGACAAUCCAUUUGGUAACUCAUACAGGAGACAGCAGACAAAAUUAUUGAUGUAACAGUCCCCAGUGCCUAUGACAUCAUUAGGGCUGAAAGGGAGAAAAUCAUGAAAUACCAAGAUGUUAAAAAUGACCUACGAACAACUUGGUCACUGAAAGAUAUAAUACCACUUGUGGUGGGGGCAACAGGGCUUAUGAAGAAAUAACUCAAGGCAAUGCCUGGUCACCCAAGUGCCCACGAGGUGCAGUUAUCAGCAAUUAAGGGAACGGUCAUCAUCUUGAAGAGAACCCUUGGAUACAGUGACAGCAAUAUUUAGGGUGCACCUGUAGACCCUGGGUUUGGCACCUAUUGCAUUCUUUUAGAAAAAAUUCAAGAAAAAUGAAAAUGGAGACAAAUCAUUUAGGUGCUUUGAGUGUGAUCAAGUCAGAAUGAUCAGUCUGAAGAGAGGUAUGAAGGCACAUAUAAACGGUUUAUUUUGAAAUGUUUUGUUCAAUAAAAUGUAGAAGAUGCAUGAGGAAUUAGACAAAUAUUAAAACACACCUGGGGCCUCAUGUACAAAGACUGCGAACACACAAAAAACGUGACGUACGUCCGUCUCCAUGCGAAUGUUCAGAUGUGUCAACAGUGAAAUGUCCGUGGAAAUGUGCGGUGUGCCAUGCCAAAAUCAUGGCUGGUGUAUGCACGUUUUUACAACUGUUGGUCUGCUGCUGACACGUAGAGGUGAUGCUGGGAAACUGUUAAUAGUGUGAAAACAAGAAAUCGUCAAGAGUAGUGUGCAAUUAUGAACAAUUAACACACCCACGUCUUUGCAGUUAUAUGGGGGAUAUAAAAGCAUGCGCAAAGUGAUGCAUAAAAUGGUAUUAACUAUGGCUGUGUUAGCGUUGUUAGAAGACCUUGCAAAUGGUGCAAUCUGAUGUGAGCAAGUAUUCAGCAAUGCAAAGAUUUAC